CCGAGGAGCGGCCGCGCUACAUAAACACGGCGCCGCCGGGGCUCGGCGCUCGCAGCCCCGAGGAGGCGCCCGGGCGGCAGCGGCCACUGACGGGGCGGGGGGGCUCCGGCGGGCGAGGGCUGGAGGAGGAGGAGGAAGAGGUGGAGGAGGAGGAAGGCAGCGGGGUCGCUCCGGUAUGGCCCUGGCGGAUAGCGCCCGCGGGAUGCCGAACGGCGGCGGCGUGCCGGGGGCGGCGGGGAGCGCGGCGGGCGGCUGGUCGUCCUUCCCGGAGAUCGUGGAGCUGAACGUGGGCGGGCAGGUGUACGUGACGCGGCGCUGCACCGUGGUCUCGGUGCGGGACUCGCUGCUCUGGCGCAUGUUCUCGCAGCAGCAGCCCAGCGAGCUGCCCCGGGACAGCAAGGGGCGCUUCUUCCUCGACCGCGACGGCUUCCUUUUCCGAUACAUCCUGGACUACCUGCGGGACCUGCAGCUGGUGCUGCCCGAGCACUUCCCCGAGCGCAGCCGCCUCCAGCGGGAAGCCGAGUACUUCCAGCUGCCCGACCUGGCCCGGCGCUUGGCUCAGGCUCGGGCCGCCCGCCCCGCCGCCCUGCCCCGCGACGGCUCCGUCUGCGCCGAGGACCCGCCGCUCCUCGGCUACCUGGAGGCCGAGCCGGCGGAAGGCGGAGGGGCGGCCGCCUGCGCCCCGUCGCCCACGGGUAGCCGCAGCCCCUCGGGGGCUCCGCUGCUGACGCCCUCGCAGUCGCUGGACGGGGCGGGCGGGCGGCGCUCGGGCUACAUCACCAUCGGCUACCGGGGCUCCUACACCAUCGGCAGGGAGGCACAGGCCGACGCCAAGUUCCGCCGCGUGGCUCGCAUCACCGUCUGCGGCAAGACGGCGCUGGCCAAGGAGGUCUUCGGGGAGACGCUGAACGAGAGCCGCGACCCCGACCGCCCCCCGGAGCGCUACACGGCCCGCUACUACCUCAAGUUCAACUUCCUGGAGCAAGCCUUCGACCGGCUCUCCGAGGCGGGGUUCCGCAUGGCGGCCUGCUCGUCCACCGGCACCUGCGCCUUCGCCCCCGAGCAGGGCGGUCCCGCCGAUGACAAGAUCUGGACCAGCUACACCGAGUAUGUCUUCUGCCGGGACUGAGCAUCCUCCCGGCACGGGGGAGCGCGGUGGCCCCUGCGCGCCCUCACGGUCGCCUCCUCGCCCGGAGGACGAAGGGCGUGGAGGGUCCCCCCGAAGCUCUCCUCACCCCGCUGCCUGUCUCCACGCCCCAGCGCAGCCCCCACACCUCCUGCAUGGACCUCCUGGCGGCCGUGGGAGCAGGAGGUCACCGUGCCGUGCCUCGGCUGCCGUGUCCCCGCUUGGCCGCCGCGUCCCUGCUCAGCCACUCUGUCCUAGCUCACACGGUCCUCCCCGCCCAUGCCCCCCAGUAGCUGUGUUGGUAGCGAGGAAGGAGAAGGGUCGUGGGAGUAGGCAAAUACCUGCCCAUGAAAGGCGUGAGUGUAUGCCCAGCCUCUGCUGUUCUCCAUGCACAGGAGCAGAGGGAUAGUUAGUCUCUGUCAGGGUGGAGUGUUUUAAAAACCACUCGUUUAGGGGCAGAGGAACAUUACAGUUGCUUUUCGGCGACUUGUGAUGAAGGUGGCAUGACAAAGGGAUGGCUUUUCUCAUCCCCUUGCCCUUAGAUGAGAUUUUACCUUGUGGGACGGAUCGUUAAUGGUCUGUUUUAGCCUGUCUGUGAGGGACCAUCCCGUGGAAGUGAUGCCUGCCUCUGAAGGGUCGGCACUUCAGCUUGUUCUUCAUCUGUAGAGAUGAGUAAUUUUGCAGGAGGCACGUGUGCAGCUCUUGAUGAUGGGUUGCAUCCAUCUUCCUUUUCUGCUCACUGUCCCUCUCUUCUCUGCUCCCUGUCUCUUUCCCCUCUCCAAGCUGUUAAAAUGGACCAGGACCUGCACAGCAGGCUUGUAAGUCUGAUGUGAAAGGACAGGUUUACUGGAUAACUAACCACUUGAACUAUAAAGUGUCCUCAGAGACACACGCUUAUCCUCUUGAGAGGUAAAGCGAAAAUGCUUUGAAAAAUUAAAGUGCUUGUGAACUGUAGCUUUCAUGGGUAGUGUGAAGUCCUUAUAUUUCUCUUUUAAGUUCCUGUCUGCAAUAUGCAGAGAAAUUUCAGUGCAUUUUUCCUUAGACCCUCAAAAAGAUGGGGGGGAGUUGAAGCCGGACUUGCCAGAGCGAAGGUAGUGCUGGCUUCCUGGAAAGGUGAAAUCAUGUACGUUGAAUUAAUGCAGAUGUACAUUAUAAGUGUGAUCGAGAGCACCCUGCUUAUUUAAGUUUUGUCAUGUUUGUGCUAUAAAAAUUUGGAGCCAACAGAACUGAUGGUGAAACUACUUUUUAAAGGACCAGUUGCUGAGUUUUCAUGAUGGUACUAUCAGGACAAUGACAGUGCUGAGGAAUUUAAGUACCUUUUUAGAAAGGAUUAAGGGCAUCCUCAUGAAAAAGAAUGAAGCCAACUUUCUUCAGGGGAAAUUGCCCUUUCUGAAAAUGAAGCCGUGUUUGCUUUGUGCCAUCUAACAGUAUUUCUUUCCCAGGGGAGGCAGCCAUACCUUGCACUGGAACAGAAAAUCUGAGCAGCAGGUUUUAGAGUAGGGAAGAGUAAGCAGCUCUUUCUAAUAAAUUCCUGAAGACUGGGGUAUGAAAUCACUUUGCUUUAAAACCUAAACUUGAUUUUAAAAUCUGUGUUGACCGUUCGGACCCUGAUGGAAAAAUAUCCGAAAGAUAUUCAAACUGUUGAAGAAUUUAGCGGCGCUUAUUAAAGGCUUGAAGUUACGUUUUUAAAAUUCUGGAAUAAUAAAUUGUUCUAACCCCAAAUUUGGAGAUACUGCUAGCACUUGUAUUCUAACCAAAGAAUUUUACCAUAGAGUUUUAUUUUUAAAACUUUAAUUGCUUUGAAAUGAGCUAUAGCUACACACAUAAUGAGUUGAGUUUCAGUGCUCAGCCUCUGUAUUCACCACUUGGUCUUUCAUUAGGUGCAUGCACAACCAGAUAAACCUGAAAAUGAUUUGCAUAAUCAUAACUUUUUUUUUAUAUUAGCAAAAUUGUUUAUCAAUGUGAUUAAAUUGAAGGUGUGCAUAUGACAACGCUGGGUACUAUCCAGUUGUAGAUAGUUGUAUAAUGGAAUAUUUUUGAAAGGAGAGAAAUGAAUUCCUGCCAAAUUAUUGUAGGUGAGCAAUAAGACAGAGUGAGAGGCCAGUACCGCUGAAGAUGGAACAAAAUCUGUUUGUCCUAUGCCUUACUCUGAGAUGAUUUCUUUGUGCUUAACUUAUUUAUACCACAAGUGAAAGGACAUUGAUCACAGCUACUAAGUCUUUACAAUGUCGUUCUCAAGAAUAAUGACCGUCUUUUUCUAGUUUCUGUUAAGUAAUCCCGAGGUAUGUUUUUUAAGAUUUUGUAUAAAAUCAGUUUUCAGUAAAGUGUUCAAAUUUGCUCUAGAUAGCUUUCUUUUUUUAAGAUUUUGGUAGCUUACUAUAUCCAUCAUAGGAGCUAUGGGUAGGAGCAGUUUUAAAUUGAACUUGUGAUUUAGUGUACAUAGAUAUACAGCAUAAAAACAUUUUACAUGGAUCAUUUAGUUUUUUAAUCAUUUCAGCGCUACAGAAUUUCAUAAUAUAUCUAGCUGAGUAUUUGCAUAUUACACUGUGUACAUAGUAUGGUAAUGUUUUACUGGUUUCCUAUACCUGUUUCUAUGGAAAAACUGAAUACAAACAUCAGCUUGUAGAACUGAAAUUGAUUACAUAUUUGCUUGAAUGUGCAUCAUAACUAAACUUCCAGGUGGCUGAAUGCAUCUCUAAAACAAAGAUUGCCUGUAUUUUAAUCAAUGAUUUGGCUGUCGAUUUGCUGGCAGAUGACCCAGAAAUUUGCAUAUUUUAACUUGAAAUGGGUGUAAUAAAAACAUAAACUGAUGAUUUUUUAAUCUUUGUGUUUGUGCUGAAAACUCUUAAGUGUUGUUAGUAUUAGGAAAUGGGGCCCUUCAUUUACUAAUUGAUUACAUUUAGGAUUAAAAUGACAGUGCCAUAAAUGUAACAGUCAUUUGAUGGUUUUACACAGAAGAUGAAAUUCUACUUAAAAGUUAUUUAGUAAUUUCUGUAAAAUUUUUAAAAGAUAAAGUACCCGAGGCAAAGUCCCUGAGUUUUACUGCUCUCUUCUAUCGAUAAACACAAUGACUCUGCUAACUUGCUGACAUGCAGAAAGUAAACAGUCUAAAGGCACAAUCCUGGAUCCCUGUGUACAUUUUGUAGCUGUUGUUGUUUGCAGUUCGUGUACUUAUGGAUAAAUUUUGUAGUAUUUACAAGUGCUAUUAAAAAAUAAAGGCAGUCUUUCUUUUAAUUAGAAGUUAAGGCACUGGUCUUUUCAGUGAUGCAUAUCAUGAGGGGUGACUGCAGAUGUUUGAUAGGAUGUUUAUAUUUUUAUACAUGUAGAUAACGAGCCACUGAUUCAUUCUUAUCUUCACAUGUAUAGGGUUGAAAAUAAAGAUCCUCCUAGGAAAACGUUGCAUACCAAAUUAAAUUCUUGUUCUUUAAAUAUUUA